GGAACACCGAACCUUGAAUCACCUUCCGCAUCCGUAGUAUGUCAGCGUCCGGACAUACCAUCAAUCGAAGCGACAAGCAACAAGUCUCAAUGAAUUGGAAAUCGAACCCAUCCGUCACAUAAGAACUAGCAUCGCACCUGCCUGCACCGCCAACAAUCAACAAUCAAUAAUGCAUUUCCUCGUCAUAGGCGCCACAGGCCCCUGCGGCGUCACCUUCCUCGAAACAGCCCUCCAAUCCGGCCAACAUGACCUAACAAUUUACGCCCGCAACCCCUCCAAACUCCCUCAACACAUUCAAUCCCUCGCCCUCUCUCCAGACGCCAGCCCCAAAGUCCACAUCAUCAAAGGCGAAUUCUCCUCCAACGAUACCCCCGCUCUCAAACAAGCCCUAUCCACCGGCGCCAAAACUCUCGUAUCCUUCGCCGGUCCCGGAGUUCCCUCAACAGCCGGAACUCCAAUUACAGAUUGGUAUAAACAGAUUUUAUACCCUUUAAUCCUCAGCGAAGAAACCUGUCAAAUCGAAAGGGUUCUGAUUCUGAGUACGCCUUCUUUCAAAGUACAAGAGGAUAAAUUUUCGAUUAAAUGGUGGUUUGGCGUGCAAUUUGUUUAUUGGCUUUUUGGAGAUGCGUAUAGAGAGGUUGUGGGGAUUGGGAAUGUUACGGCGGAUGGACCUCUUGUUUCUGCGAAGCCGAGGGGCGAUCGGGGAGGGGAGGUUGAGUGGACGGUUUUCAGAGUUCCGGGGUUGCGGAAUGGGAAGCGGGCAGAUGCGGUGAGGGCGGGGUGGGUUGGGGGGAAGGGGGAUGGGUUGUUGUUGAGUAGGAAGAGUUUGGCGGUUUGGAUUUUGCAGGAGGUGGAGGAGAGGAAGUGGGUGGGGAAAUCGCCGGCGCUUUCAGACGCGGGAGCGUGGAUUUGA